GACAACGCCCUUCAUUUGUCGAUUGGAAAAAGUGCACGUACGAGUGAGCAUCUGUAUGCGCACAACUGAUCGCAUUCGCUCCCUCUGACCGCUCACCACAUCUGCCGUCAAAGCCGAGAGAGACCCUAACCCAAGAUUCAACCCAGCAGGGCGCCUCGUCCAUCAUGUCCAACCUGGACGUUGAAGCACUGCUCGAUGCUACGGCUAAGAACCCAGAGCAAAAGCCAAAGAGCCCUGACGCUGAACGUCCCAAAGAUGAAGCCAAGUCUGAUAGGCGAGAUAGAGACUCCGAUCGUGACCAAGGCCGAGAGCGUGAUGGCAGCCGUGUGAGGGAUAGAGACCGAGACUACGACCGCCGCCGCCGAGACCGUCGAGACUACAGCCUCACUCGAAGCCGCCGCGAGACGCCUGAUGUGGGCACCCCCCGCAGCGACACUGGCAGUCACAAGAGUAGGCGUAGAAGCAGGAGCCGUGAUGAUGACCGCCGUCACUCACGUCGCCACAGAGACGGCGAUUACUACCGAGGUGGACGAGGUCGCUCGCGCUCCCGUUCACCCCCUCGACACUAUCGCCCUCGCGAUGACCGCGACCGCCGCGACCGACGAGACCGAGCCGAUCGCUACUCCAACGACUACCGUGGUCGAGAUGAUGACCGCCAUGACCGUCGUGACGGAGGCAUGGCCCAGCUCACCGAAGACGAACGAGAUCGACGCACCGUUUUUGUCCAGCAGCUCGCCGCUCGCCUGCGGACCCGUGAGCUGAAAGAGUUCUUCGAAAAGGUCGGAGCCGUUAAUGAAGCUCAGAUCGUGAAAGAUCGAAUCAGCGGACGAUCCAAGGGUGUCGGCUACGUCGAGUUCAAGAGUGAAGACUCGGUGCCGCUAGCCCUUCAGCUUACCGGACAGAAACUCCUCGGCAUCCCCGUCAUUGUGCAACACACGGAGGCUGAGAAGAACCGUCAAGCUCGCAACCCAGACUCGUCCAAUGCGCACCCCAACUCCGUCCCCUUUCAUCGCCUUUACGUCGGCAACAUCCAUUUUAAUGUAACGGAGCAAGACCUACAAGCCGUGUUUGAACCCUUUGGAGAACUUGAGUUUGUCCAGCUCCAGAAAGAUGACAAUGGACGCAGCCGUGGCUACGGCUUUGUUCAAUUUCGAGAUGCAGGCCAAGCUCGCGAGGCUCUGGAAAAAAUGAACGGCUUUGACUUGGCUGGACGCCCUAUCCGCGUUGGCCUCGGCAACGAUAAGUUUACCCCUGAGAGCACCGCCAACCUAAUGCACAAGUUCUCCGGUAACAACCAGGGCUUCCAAGGCUCUGCGUUUUCCGGAGCCGGUGGCCGUGGUCAGCAGUCCACAUUCGACCGAGCUGGAGGCCGCGACAGCGAAAAGACGGGCGGUGCUAGCGCUCUCGAUGACACAGACGUUGCUGGUGUCAACUUUAACAACUACAGUCGCGAUGCGUUGAUGAGAAAGCUUGCCAGGACCGACGAAGCCCCGACCAACGGCAACGACGAGCGUCAGCAGAUUCUGAAGCCCAAGACGGAGACGAAGCCCCUUCCCGUGAACGUGAACAUGGCGAGCCGGUGUGUUGUCCUGCACAACAUGUUUGAUCCCGCUGAAGAGGAGGGCGACGACUGGGUCAAAGAGCUCGAGGACGAAGUUCGUCAGGAAGCCGAAGAGAAAUAUGGACACGUCGUGCACAUCUCGGUCGAUCCAAACUCCAAGGGCGACAUUUACCUCAAGUUCGACAAGGUCCAAGGCGGCGAAAACGCCAUCAAGGGUCUCAACGGUAGAUACUUUGGUGGCCGAAUGAUCGACGCGUCACCUGUUGUAGACGCGGUUUACAGCAGUUUGUUCUCUCGCACCCGGGCAAUCUGAAGCUAAUGCUUAUCCCCAUGCACGCUGUGCAUCAGUUCUAGGAACCUGGAGUUCUCCCGAUGCCACUUGUGCAGUAUUCUCGGGACGACUCCUGCUACUCCAGGAUAGCGACGAGACGCAGGUUACUCCUUUUGUUCAACCGGUUACUAAAUCGCCAAGCUUGUGUUUUUGGUGCAGCAGAUCUCUUGAAUCCAUCGGGGCGCCUUGGUCGCCAGCCAUUUGUGCUUUUAAUGAUGCAUUCUAGCAGCUCUAUACGGCAAUGUCCCACUGAUGUUUUCACGCCCAGGGCGGCCAUCGAUAGUCGUUUCUCAAAUCGUUUCAUGAAUCGUGUAGGAUUAGUUUGAUACUGUAGCAAAUACCAGUCACCCAG